UCGCUUUGCCGACGCAUUAAGAUUGGAUUUUUUUGUGCGGCAAAUUGCUGCUAAAUGUAAAGCAAAAUCACUAUAUUAAAUGUGAAAAUAUCAAAAAUUAAUUGUAAUAUAAUGAAAUAACAAGGAAACCGCUGCAACAUAUGUUAGCAACAAACUGUGUGACUUCAAUUGACUGUUGGCAAAAACUACAAAUAAAUUGUUGCACGUAGCACAACAACAACAAAGUGGCAGCCGCAACAACAACAACAGCAACAAGAGACGAGCAAGAGAAAAUCUAAUGGGAGAAAACACAAUGCACAUUUUGUUGGUCUGCUAAGAGCAGCAGAGGCAGAAGCAGAAGCAGAACGAAGCAUAAGCGUGAAAUCAAAGCGGAAGCUAAAAGUACUUUUUUCUCUCCAGUGUAUUUAUGCAGCCCUUUGGCAUGUAUAGGCAUUGAUAUCGACGCCCUGACAAGUUGAUGCCACACAUGGAUAGCAGCGACGACGACGACAGUGCCAAGUCCAUACCUCGUCCCAUCUAUGAAGCCACGUCCGCCAUUGAUAGUCCUCCGCCUCAGCCGCAUUCGCAGUCGCAUCUGUUGUCGGCCAACAAUGAGAUGGAACCGCUACCCGUCAAACGCUUGAAGUACGUGGUCAGCUCUCCGCCCGGAUCAGCCAACGGCAGCAGUUCCUCCAACUCCAACACAUGGCCAGUCUCUGCAGCCAACUCUGCUGGCACUGGAGGCCACGCCUCGCUAACGAUGAAGCUGACCAAGGUGACGACCCCGCAGCAGAGUGAACCCAAGCCCGGCAACACAUCGACGCCCAAGCAGGACAACAGAACUCGUGUGCCUAGGGAAGUCCUGGCCUUGCAGCGGUCCCACAACGAAUCCCAGGUGCUCACCGGCUUCGUCUCCGACAACUCCAAGGUGAAGCGGCGCAAGUCACGGGCUGUCGCCGCUCAGCUGAUAAAGCAGUGCAUGUCCACCACAUUGCCAUCAACGAAACUGUCAACGAAUCCGAAGAGCAGCUCCAAUGUGUCGCUGAAGCUGAAGCGCAGCAAGAGCAUUCCUGCUCCCAUGUGCGACUCGCAACUGGACACGAAGUGGCAUCAGGAACCGGAGUUGCACAAGCACAGCAAGAGUAAGACUCAGAAAAAGCGCAACUAUUCGGUGAACUACGACGAUGUCGUUGUCGGAGUCGGAGUCGGCUACGUGGCCGAUGAGCUGAGUGCGGGAGAGGAGAGCAACAGUAAUACGCCGAGCUAUGUUACCAACAUGACGGAGAGAUUUCGCUCCCGCAGCAAAACCGUCUCGCUGAGCAGUGAGGAACGUCAACCACGUCGCGGAAAUCUACGCUCCGAGAACGAGGAAUUCGCGAGAAAGCACAAUGCGUUCCUAGAUCGCGUCAUCAACGACACGGAGGACGGUGCACAAUCCCGACAAGCUGAGGCGGACAGUGGACAUUGGCGCACUAGCUCGACAGCUGACACAGAUCCCAAUAUCUCCAUGUACUCUGAUGUCAGCGAGUCCAAGACAAUGCUGUCCACUACAAACGCCGCGGAGGAGAUUGAGCAACGACUGGACGAAUUGUGGCGGGCACCUCCGAGGGAUGGCUGGGAUCCGUUCUGUUGGAAGUGCCGAGACUGCGGUAAGCUGAUGCCCUGCUCCAAAUGCCUGCGUUCCUAUCACACCUUCUGUGUGCGUCCGGCAACCACCAAGUUCGAUGGCUCCUGGAAGUGUCCAGAGUGUGUGCUCAUCGAAAGCGCCCCCAAGCGGCCACGUCGCAGUGAUGUGUCCGUGGAACUGCUCAGCCAACUCCUCUCUUUCGCACUUGAGCGUAUGAGACUUGUGCGCGGGGUUUACAAACUGCGUGCACCGCAGGAAGUGCUGCCGGAAAGCUGCAGCAAAUAUUUUGUGAAUCCGGUGAGCUUUGAAAGUUUGUCGGAGCGCAUCAAGAAUCGCGCCUUUCACAGCGCAGAUGAGUUCCUCAGCGAGGUAAAGUGGAUGCAACACAAUGCCCUCAUAUUGGACAGUGGUGAUGUCAAGGUAGAGCAGGCCUCCAAGGCGGUGGUGAAGGUCUGUCGCCAGGAGGCUAACGAGAUCGACACAUGCGCCGAGUGUUAUUUGAAUGCCAACUCCAGUGAUGAAUGGUUCGUCAAGGUUUGUACGACUCCCCAUUUGCUGCUCUGGGCCAAGUUGAAAGGCUUCCCUUAUUGGCCCGCCAAGGCCAUGGGAUCCGGCCCCAAUUCCGUGGUCAAUGUUCGUUUCUUUGGCAAACAUGAUCGAGCUAAUGUUCCAGUAAAGGAUUGCUUUCUGUAUUGUGCACAGGAUCCCAACACCCAAACUAGCCGACGUUCCGCGCGAGAUUUGGCGGAUUGUAUCCGUGAGGUUGAAGUGCAUAUUGAACAUAUUAGGACCAAAAUUGGCAGCUUCAACUAUGCGCCGUAUCGUAAGCCCUAUGAUCCUCUAGAAGAGCAACAGCAGUUGGAGGAGAUGAUGCCCGGCGUCAAUGAUAUGAUUAACAGACAUUUAGCACCUGCCAACAAGACGCCAUUACAGUUCCUCAUACGGAAGACCGCAGGCGAUAAGCUUUCCAUUGUCAAGAAGACCAAGGCGACGGAGUCGGGCAACGAAUCCGAUCAGUCGGGCAGUCCUAUUAAGAAACCCAUGCAGGAAACUGAAUCACCUCCACCGCCGCCAACGACAGACCCACCAAAACCGAAGAGCAGCAACUACGAGGUUAUACCAAGAGCAGGAGAUGCUCUGCGGGAAUCCCGAGGUUGCACUGUAGUUUUAAAACGCAAAUCCUUAGAGUCCUGCAAGACGCCAGUCAAGUCAGCACCAGAGGCUGUGUCGUCAAUCAAGCGAAAACAUUCCCAAAGCGAUGCCAGCAGCGAGACCAGCCAACAGGGAACGUCAUCGGAGCACAAGCGUCGACCGAAGCAUGCGCGAAAGCAAAUGCAGGAAUCGACAGAGAUGCCACAUCAGGAACAAGCUUCAGCUCCAGUUUCAUUGCAAGCCGAGGAAGCUUCAAUUGAAGAGCCAAAAACACACACGGAUCAGGGAACGGCUGAGAAUGUACUCGCUGAAGCAAAUCCAUCUGUGGUUUCGGUUGUGGAACUGGUGAGAAGACGUCAAGGCGUGACCAUAACGAAGAUUCCCCGAGAACAACAACAUGCGGCAAUGGGAGCAGCAACAACUUCGGGAAUAUCAAGACCAAGUGACUCGAAUCCCAUUGAAGCUACAGCUAAUGAAACUGUAGCUAAGCAACGUGCUGUGGAGCGACAGCAGCAGCAGCUGAUCAGCAAAGUGGUACCCUUUGUGGAAAUCAAAAAAGAGGUGCUAUCAGAGCCGGAGGAGAGCGAGGAACUACCUCCGGUAACACAGUUGCCAGCCAGAGAGGAGCUACAGCAGCAGCAGUCUGAAGCGGAAACAACAGCAGCGACUGAAACAACUGCACCCACAACUGUAGCACCACCAGAGCCAGUCCAAGCAGUUUCACCUCCACCUCCACCUGCAACUGGAAAUGCAACUGUAUUAGCUUCAGCUGGCAUUCAGAUUAAGGAGGAGGUGGUAAGCGAGGAGGAAAUGGAAACAGAACAAGACUUGUCAAGCAGAAAUCCAACAACAGAUGAAACUCCUAUGCCGCCUCCACCAUUGCCCCAUCGGACAGAUACACAUCCUAGUAUAGUCUCUAAUGUAUCCACUCCUGCUACAACUACCGUUCCACAAGUCAGCGAUUCCUUUGUGCGUUUUGUGGGGGAUACAACCAUCCAGAGGGUGAGCCAAAAACAGGCACCCAAGUUACCCGAGACUACGAAACGCUGCCCCUUGAGGGGCGUGCCACAUGGCCCACUGCCAGCAGCAGCUCUUUCGCCCCCACAGACAUCACCCUCAGCCCCACCUUCGCCAUCGCCAUCGCCCUCGCCAAAAUUGGCCAACAGCUGCUCCAACAGCCGGACAACAACACAAGCGUCGCCAAAGGCGCAAUCCCAGAAAUCGCCAGUGGCACAACAACUGCGUGUGAAGAGCGACAAAUCAUUGGGACCCGCCACGUCUCCUCCUCCACACGUACCGCCGACGCCGACAUCAAGUCUGCUGAAGUCCAACAUGGUUGUGAUUCCCAUGGAUCCACGCAACACCAAUGGAGGCAACAGUAGCAACAGCAGCAUCAACACCGGCAACAGCAGCAAUCUCAGCAGCUCCAACCUCAUGACGAUUCCUGUGCCGCCCCUGAGGGCAGUGUCCAAGAAUACGCUGCAAACAACAACUGGUCACACUGCAAUCACAGCUGUUCCAUUGCCAGCACCUGCAUUUCCCAAUAGCACCUUGCCGCCUCCGCCUCUGGCCGGGCUCACCACGGCGACAACGGUAACGGCAACGUCAACUCCGAAACCAACAGCCAACACUGAAUCCGGUGGAUUACUAGCCAAUGCUCUGAAUGGCUUGCCAAGUGAUACACUGGUCAGCGAGUCAACCGUGAGUGAACCUAUAACUCCAGGCGUAGCCACUGCCCUUAGUGAGCUGAUGUUGCGCUCUGGACCUCCGAAGCUGACUGCACGUCCGUGUGGUCCACUGCACUCAGAUGGAUCCAGCUUAUAUCCGGCACAGGCUGGACCACUCUCAAUGCGGCUGAAGGAUAAUGCACAUAAGAUUACGGACUAUUUUAUCUCCGUCAUUGAGGACACCUUAAGCGAUCUGGCGUGUGGAGAGCCCAGUGUGAUGCAGGCUCGCAUUGCCGCAUUGACGUUGGAGAACGAACGCAUUAAGCAGCAUUAUGAGCGUCAGUUGGCGGACAUGCAACGCUCCACAGAUCUGAUGAUUGCUGAAAUGCGAAAGACAAUGGAGCAGGAAAACAAGCGUGUCAUCAGCGAGCUGAGACAGCACAGCACGCUGGAGAGGAUGCGGGCUGUGGAGGAUGCCAAGAAGAAGCAAUGGUGCGCCAAUUGCAUGCGUGAGGCGCAACUAUAUUGUUGCUGGAACACCUCAUACUGUGACUAUCCCUGCCAACAGAUGCACUGGCAACGUCACUCGUCCAGUUGCGGUCAAGCUGCCACGUUGCAAGCCCAAUUACAGACUCCACAACAACAACAACAACAACAACAACAGCAGCAGCAGCAAUCCCAGCUACAAGCACCACAACAACAAACGCAACCACAAGUGCAGACGAUGCAUGUGGAGUCAACGAGAGGCAAUGCAAAGCAAAAGACCAUGCCAAACAACACUUUAAGUCCUGGUCAGCAACUGAACAGGACACAAGCAGUGACUGCCACAGUUGGGGGCAGUAAAAAGUGGUCUCAUCAGUCGAUGAUCUCGAUGGUGAAUCCAGCUCCGCCCACAACCGAGGUCCUCAAGUUGCCCAACAACACAUUUUUGCGUCCAGUUUCGUUGCCAUCAGCAGCGCCGUCUACAAGUAACAACAACAACAUUGCUACACCUGUCACUCUGAUAGCGCCUGCAUCCUCAACGCAUCUGGGCAACACCGUCCUGCCCGGUCAACGCAACAAUCUGAACUACGGGGGCAAGCCGACACAACCAAUUUCCGUGCAACGUUACAAUAUACCCUUACCUAUCACCGUCAGCAGCAAUAAUGCUGGUUCCUUUGGCCUAAUAUCGGAGCAGCAUCAAAAGCAGGUUGCAAAGUCAACGGGUCGCAACUCUGCAAAGAACAACAGUAAUCGAGGGCGUAAUCCCAACAAUCAAAUGAACAACAACAGCAAUGUCCAGGCCAUGCGUCACAAUCAACUUAAUCACGUUUACCAGCAAUAAAGUUCCUGGCUCUCUUCUCAGAUAAUACGCAAUUGUAUAAAAGUUAUAAAGAAAAACAAUAUUCAAACAUAAUCAAUUAGUUUUUAGGAUUAAUCGGCUCACAUAGCAUGUACAUUAAGUCAGCCCUUUUAAAUAUGCAUAGUUUUAAGGAGUAUGUAUGUACAUCUAGUUUUUAAUAUUAUAUAAGCUCUGAAUAAGUCUCACAUACAAAGCAUAUAUACAUUCACUGUAUAUAUACUCAUCGACAUCUUGAAUUAUUUUAUCUAUUUACAAACGUAUCUAAGGAAUUGCUUUAAGCUGUACAAUAUGGUGAACUAUUUCAACGAUCAUUAAAACAAUAAAACUAUAUACACAUUUUAAA